GGUUUUCUUCGGUUCAGAGUUGAAUCGUGAGAAAAGUGUCCCCCUCUAACUGGAUCGAGGUUAAUUUCGCUUCGCUGCUGAAAAAUUGUACAAGGAUUCAAAUAAAAAUGUAAAGCGAAAACAGUAAAAGCAUUUGCGUGGGUAAAAUUGUGAAGAGCGUCGCGGAUUCAAUAAAUUUUUAAUUGAUGAUUAUUGCUCGGUUCGGUGUACGAUCAGGCUCGCGUGUUUUCUUGAAGAUUUCCUGAGGAAGGAGCAUCAUUUUAGUUAUCCUGUUUAAUAGACGUGCUAGAACGUUUAACGAAGAUGGUCAGAGGAAGGAGAGUCAGGGCUGUGAUAGCGUGCAGCGACGGCAGUGAUUGCUGUUCACCGCUUCCGAAACGCAAAGUGAAACUGCAGAGCAAGUUUGCCCAUUCAGUUCUUAGCCCAGUGAAUAAGAAAAAUCAAAUCAUUUCUCAGUUCUUUCAGGCUGUUGAAGUGGAUAUUGAUGAUGCCGUUUGUGAUUUAGAGGUGUCCAGUUUCGACAAUAGGAACAAUAUAUGCAUCGUUGAUUCUGAUAUACCUAGUGAUGGAAUCAAUGACUUAGAUGACAAGGAAAAGGAGGAAUUCAAAGGACAUUGCUUGAUGCACAUCUCCUCAGAGAUAUUGGCGACUCCGUUGGGUAAGAAUGGCCCCGCUGAUUUGGAUAUACUGUCGCCGGCAACACCACAUAGGAUUGAGUUGAAGGAUGAGCAAGAGGACAAAGUGAAAAAUGAAGCCAAAAUUGUACAAGAGAAAAUCGAAAAAAAGAUUAUCAUAGCACCCAGAGCGAGACGGAGGUUGAAUGCUAAUAAUGCGGUAAAUCAACAACCACCCGCGGCGAAACCCACUAUCAAAGGAAACAACAAUGAGACGAGUCAUAAACUCACAGAGUAUUUCCCAGUUAGAAGAUCCGUGCGAAAAACUAAUAAAAUUGCUUUAGAGGAGAAACAGCGCACGCUUGAACAAAAUUUAAGGAAAGGCAUCGAACAAGGAUUAAGGAUACGAAAUUUCGAAGGAAAGGGUAGAGGUGUUGUUGCAAACAAGAUGUUCCAGCGCGGUGAUUUUGUUGUCGAAUACUCCGGAGAUCUUAUUGAUACUGCCGAGGCCAAGAGGAGAGAGGUUAAAUACGCCCAGGAUCAAAACACAGGUUGUUAUAUGUAUUACUUCAAACACAAGAGUCAACAGUAUUGCAUCGAUGCGACAGCGGAAACUGGUCGUUUGGGUCGUCUGGUGAACCACUCUCGAAAUGGCAACUUGGUCACUAGAACAAUCGACGUUGAUGGAUUGCCGCGCUUAGUGUUAGUCGCAAAAGACACAAUCGAGAUUGGCAAUGAAGUGACUUACGAUUACGGUGACAGAUCGAAAGAGUCUCUUAGGUAUCAUCCUUGGUUAGCGUACUAAGCUGAGUAUUGCACUGAAUAUAACUAAAUAAAUUUCCUUUAUAUGUACAAGACAAUUAUUUGACCAAAGUUUAAUUACGUUACUCAUUUUAAUUAAUUUUUUUUUUUGGAUCGUAUUACAGUUAAAAGUUUAGCAAGUAUUUUUUUUGGCGUACAUUCUUAUUGAUUAACGCGACUUAAAAAACAAAGCAAAUAAUAUUCACUGCCCUUUGUAUUAAUUACUUUUCAAAAAAUAAGUUACUUGGUGACACGGUUUCUGACCUUUUAUUAUUAUUUAAACGUUAAGUUAUUCCCUAAGUUUCUGUAAUUUAUUUAUAUUUAUUAAAAUACCCUGCAACAAAUGUGUAUAUAUUAUAUAAAGACGAGAUGUUUAUGUUUUAGUAUUCUCUUUAGAUUUACGCACGUGUACUGUUUUUUAGUUCCGUCUUAAAUAAAUUUUAAAUUUGUUGGUAAUAUGUAAACGAGAUUGUGAUUUAAA